CCUCCCUGUGAACCGGAUUCUCGCUUGUAGGCCGGCCCCUCUUUUUGUGGUCUGGAUGAUGUCCGAACAGGACCUGGCGGAUGUGGUUCAGAUUGCGGUGGAAGACCUGAGCCCUGACCACCCAGAAGCAGCAUGAUGCCUGUUCUGUAUGAAAUUUGAAUCAUAGAUUGGUUUCCUUUCUUCAUUCUUCUGGCCCCCAGAUCUCUGUGCAGCCGUGCAUUGGUUCGGCAGCUCCCUUCCUGGGUACCCUGGCACCUGUCAGUCCUGCUGUGUGUGGUCAGGGCCAUACCCUCUCUCAUGGUCCUGUAUUUCUUAAGUGCUAUGCCUUUCUAGUUUACAGCCUCCCCUGUAUAACACUAAAUAUUAUGGUGGACCAUGCAAAUCUUACUGUGUUCAUAUGGGCAAACCUAAUUAUAUUUAGUAACUACAUGGCAUUCUGUUUGGAGGCCUUCUCCAACUUCUGGCUGCCUCUCACGUGGUGGGGGCCACAUUUUGCACUCUCCCGCAUACCGUGAGGUGAUAAAGAUCCUUGCACAUAUAGGUUGGCUUUGUUUUUUGUCUUUUUGGAGACAGGGUCUCUGGUCUAGACUGACGUUCUACCUCCAUCUUCUGAGUGGGAUUGUAGGUGUGUGCCACCACACCCGACUUGUUGUUUUGGAGAAUCAUGUAGUGACAGAUGAAGACGAACCUGCUUUGAAACGUCAGCGGCUAGAAAUCAAUUGUCAGGACCCCUCUAUAAAGUCUUUCCUGUAUUCCAUUAACCAGACGAUAUGUUUACGAUUGGAUAGCAUUGAGGCCAAGCUGCAAGCUCUCGAGGCAACUUGCAAGUCCUUGGAAGAGAAGCUGGACCUGGUGACCAACAAACAGCACAGCCCUAUCCAGGUCCCCAUGGUGGCGGGCUCCCCGCUUGGCGCCACUCAGACCUGCAACAAAGUGCGAUGCGUCGUCCCCCAGACUACAGUAAUACUCAACAAUGAUCGGCAGAACGCCAUUGUAGCCAAGAUGGAAGACCCCUUGAGCAACAGGGCACCGGAUUCCCUGGAAAAUAUCAUUAGCAAUGCUGUUCCUGGGCGUCGGCAGAACACCAUCGUGGUGAAGGUGCCGGGUCAAGACGACAGCCACAACGAAGAUGGGGAGAGCGGGUCAGAGGCCAGCGACUCUGUGUCCAACUGUGGCCAGCCGGGGAGCCAGAACAUCGGGAGCAACGUCACGCUCAUCACCUUGAACUCGGAAGAGGACUACCCCAACGGCACGUGGCUGGGCGACGAGAACAACCCUGAGAUGCGCGUCCGCUGUGCCAUCAUCCCCUCUGACAUGCUGCACAUCAGCACCAACUGCCGCACUGCCGAGAAGAUGGCGCUGACCCUGCUGGACUACCUCUUCCACCGCGAGGUGCAGGCCGUAUCCAACCUGUCGGGCCAGGGCAAGCAUGGGAAGAAGCAGCUCGACCCACUCACCAUCUAUGGCAUCCGGUGUCACCUUUUCUAUAAAUUUGGAAUCACAGAGUCAGACUGGUAUCGGAUCAAGCAGAGCAUCGACUCCAAAUGCCGGACAGCAUGGCGGCGGAAACAGCGAGGCCAAAGCCUGGCGGUCAAGAGCUUCUCACGCAGAACGCCGUCCUCGUCCUCGUCCUCCUACAGCGCCACAGAGACCGUGAUGGGCACGCCGCCGCCCGCCACCGAGCUGCAGCAAGCACAGCCUCAGGCCCUGCACUAUGCCCUGGCCAAUGCACAGCAGGUGCAGAUCCACCAGAUCGGAGAGGACGGACAAGUUCAAGUAAUCCCACAGGGCCACCUCCACAUCGCCCAGGUGCCGCAGGGGGAGCAGGUGCAGAUCACACAGGACAGCGAGGGCAAUCUACAGAUCCAUCACGUCGGCCAGGAUGGGCAGGUGCUGCAGGGCGCUCAGCUGAUAGCCGUGGCCUCUUCCGACCCCACCGCCGCAGGCGUGGACGGCUCCUCGCUCCAGGGAAGUGACAUCCAGGUGCAGUACGUGCAGCUGGCGCCUGUGGGUGACCACACGGCCGCCGCACAGACAGCCGACGCCCUGCAGCCUGCCCUGCAGCCUGAGAUGCAGCUUGAACACGGAGCCAUCCAGAUCCAGUGAGGCGGCCGGCCCCGCCCCGCGCCCUCGCCCCACGCUGGGCAGCCGCGCGCUCCGCCUUGCGGCCCGGGCCGCCCCAGGGCCCUGGCUCUGCGUCACGCUGCCACGCCCGCAGGGGACGCAAAACGCGGAGUAGAGUACACUCAGAGAAACAAGAACUGCAAUAUUUUGGUUAAUGGCUUUUUUUUAAUUUGCUAUGGUGUUUAUAACAAAAAAGAAAAUGGGAAAAAAAAAACAAAAACAAAAAGGAGCGGAGUAGCGGGAGCCUUUGCUGCGCGCUCGGCGGCGGGAAGCAGGCGUUUGCGGAGACGCAGGGACUGCAGGAAAGGAACCUUUACCUACUUUUCUAGGGGAGAUGUUCCCACACACUGUAAUUAUGCAUUUUUAAUGAAAUAAAGUUGUAUUUAUGACCAUGCA